AUGAUUGCAUUGUCAACUCUAUGUGUUUUGACAGGCUCUUUUGAAAUGUUUUGGAAUCUUAUGGAUUUACUAUAAUAUUUAUCAUACAUAAAAUAUGUAAACAUCUAAUUUCCUACUAAUUUAAAUAUCUAUUUUGAAGUUUUUAAAUUGAUAUCUAUAUAGCCAAUAAUGAAUGCCACUGGAAUAAGUGCUAUUUUUAGUUUAUUAGAUGGAAAUGAAAAUUAAUUUGUGUAAACAUCUGAAAAAUUCCUAACAGAUGAUAUAAAUGGCUAUUUUUAUACAAAUUUUUAAAGUUCUAUAUUUUGCUUUGUUGGCCUUUAUCUUGGUUACUUUUUCGCAAAAUUUAUGACAAAAAUAUUAUAUCGAAUUGGCCCAUAUCAUAUAUCAUUAUCUGGUUAUUAUGCAGGAAAAGUAAUCUAUGUUAUAAGAAAUCUACUUAGAUUAAGCAAAUAAGAGUUUUAUUACAAUGGAAUACUUAGAAUGGUUAUGUCUAAUUAUUAUGACAUAAGCUUUUCUGUUUUUAUUUAGCUUAUCAACUUCAAUACAACAUCAGUAAUAUUGAGCAUUAAUUCUUAUGCUGCUCUACUUGUUUUUUGUUUAUAGAUGGGAUUUUUCGCCUAUAUGUUUACUAAAUAGAUCUCAUUUUCCAAAGAACGCACUGUAUAAAAAAAGGAAUAAUUUUCAGCCCUUUUCGAUGGUAUUUCUGAAUCUUAAAAUAUUUGGGUAACAUAAUAUAAUACAAUUCUACUAUUUAAAAAAUAAAUUUUUAUUUUUUUGAUUGUCUAUAUGGAAUAUAAUGGAACUCUGUAAGCUUUAGUAAUUGCAUUUAGUUAAACAAUAUUUUUAAUUUAUGUUUUUAAACUAAAACCAUUGAGUAACAUAUAUGAGUACUAUAAAAUAUUGGUAGCUGAUUCCUUCUUAGCCUUUAAUACAUUGCUCUUUUUAGUAUAUGCAUAUAGAAGUUAACUUAAUUUGUCAGUUGAUGAUUACUUAUUAAUAGGAUGGUUUCAUAUAGCAAGUUUUAGUUUAAUUUUAGUGUUUUCCCUUUUAUGCGACUUAAAACAAUAAGCUACUCAUAUCUAUAAAAAAAUAGUAGCUCUUAUAAUAAAUAAAGUACCUGAAUAGAAUUAAGGAGCUACAGUAAUAUUUUAUUGA